UACCCAGCCUGCCCUGCGGUGAAAUGGCGGCUGAAAGUGAGAAAGAGUGAGAGCGCGAGCAGAGUGUGUGAGCGAGAAGGGAGAGAGAGAGAGUGAGUGAGUGAGUGUGAGAGAAGGGAGAGAGUGAGAGAGUGUGUGAGCGCGAGCAGGGAGGGAGGGAGCGCGAGCGCAGCCUGGCUCUGGGCCAUCGGGACUGAGAGCGCGGAGCGGAGUCCGGGAGCCGGGUCCGGAGUCCGGGCGGAUGAUUGCAGGCUUUCAAUAACCUGGAACUCCAGACUCCUGAGUGGCAUAGAGUUUCACGUCAGUCUGCAAAUUUGCAGGAGCAAAUUUGCCUUGAACAGAAUGCUGCGUUAAAUAUAUUAAGAUUCUGUUUCUGAAGAUACUGGUCCAUUUGUUUGAAAGCUCUUCUCACUGCCCUUCCUGCAGCAAUGCACGUCUAAUGAUUACUUCCAUCAUUUCGUCAGUUAAACAGGUUGUGCGGUGGGGAGUGAAACAUAGAGAGCCUGAACAUGAGUAACACACCAACAACAAGAAAGCCAUACAGAAAGGCACCGCCUCAGCACCGGGAGAAUCGGCAUGAGCCACCAGCUUUUAGGGAUGAGCUAGAUGGGACAGCCAUACCAUCUGAGCUGAGUCAGGAAUCUCUUUCCGAUGGAGACAGGAUCAAGCAAUUGCAGCAGCAGAAUGAAGAGUUGCGUCGAAAGCUGACUCACAGCACACAAAAGUUGGAAAUUAUGGAGACUGACUUUGAAUCCAGUCGACAUUACCUUGAAGCAGAGCUGAGCCAUGCCCGAGAAGAGAUGGACAAACUAAAAGACAAAUUCCGCAGAUUACAGAAUAGUUACACUGCAUCCCAGCGAGCUAAUCAGGAGUUGGAGGACAAGAUGCAGGCCUUGGUUAAAAAAGCCGAGCUGGAGAGGAAGACCCUUGACUGGGAGAUUGUGGAGCUAACAAACAAGUUGCUGGAUUCAAAAACUGCUAUCGACAAGCUGGAGGAGUUGAAUGAGCGUUAUCGACAGGAUUGUAACCUUGCCGUUCAGCUGCUGAAGUGCAAUAAAUCUCAUUUCAGGAACCACAAGUUUGCAGAUCUUCCCUUUGUCCUCCAGGAGAUGGUAAACAAGCAUUUGGAGUCCAGUGAAGAGGUCAGGUCAGGACAGGAGCCACCCUCAGCACUUGGUUCAUCAGAUGUCGUACCAACCUCUGUCAUUGCCAGAAUUUUAGAGAAACCAGAGCCGCUGAUUCUGAACUCUGCCAAGUCCAGCAGUGGCAAUCAGCCAAUAGCAGAAGAUGUCUUUGUUCAUGUGGAUAUGAGCAGCAGCACUAACAAUGUAAAGAAUACAGGGAAAGAGAGAGACCAAGGGACAGCUGAGGAAGUAAAGCCUCAGAACGGUGUGUGUAAGCGGCAGAGUAGCACAGACAGCACACCAGAGGAAACACCCACCUUUGAGAGACUCAACCCAUAUCCCACUCCACCUCCAAAUCUCUUCCCUGGGCGCAAAGCUGUCAUUGAAUUCUCUUCUGAUGACAAGGUUAAAAUACCGAAGGAUAGUCCUUUACCAAACUGUACAUACGCUACCAGACAAGCCAUAUCGCUCAGUCUGGUCCAGGGGGAGGAUGAUGGGGUUGAAAGGCAGAGGACUGUACCUAACAGCCCGUUGUCAGAUGGAAGGAGAUCAGGACAGAUAAGUAGCGAGCAGUAUCAGUCUCCAAGAUCAGGCACACCCAGAGGCCCUGGAAAUGAGUUUAGAUCUGCACAGUCCAGCCCUUUCAAUAGCCCACCUCAAGUUCCGAGUGCAUUUGCCAGCUCAACAAGUUCUGAAGAGGAUCUGCUUGCAAACUGGCAGAGGAUGUUUGUUGAGAAAGUAGCUCCUGCUUCUGAAAGGGUUAUUGCCCAUCGAACAUCUUUCAGCAGUGAAAUGGUCCAAGAAUUACAGAAUAGCCUGGGCAAUAAAAUUGACUUGGGUGAGAGGCGACUGGCUUACUCAGACGGAGAGGAAUCAGGUCACAGCUGCAGCUUCUCCAUAAGUCGAGAUUCCAGCUUAGACACAGACAGCACGGAUUCGAAAGUGCGGAAAGGCAAGUUCCUACUGGAUUAUGGAAGUGAAUUUUCUCGAGAGGAAGAGGAGCAACUGCUGCAUACCAUGGGUGGUAUUCGACUGACCCAAGCCAGCCCCUUACACAAACGGAAAGAAUAUGGGGAUGCUGGCUCUGGGAGUAGUUCAUUGGAAGAGAGAGAGGUGUUGCUUCAUGGAAGCCAGUCCACCCUACAGGAUGAACUGGAGGAGAUUGGAGACAAGCCAUCAGUCACCAUGGUGGGACGACAGCAGAGGAGCCCCAAAAGGAUGGGUGUCCAUCAUUUAUUGCGAAAGGACAGCUUAACAAGAGCACAGGAGCAGGGCACUCUGCUAGAUUAGAUCAUUGAGGUUAGGAGCUAAACACUAAUGGUGUUCAUUGCAGUAAGCUGCUACAAUGUAAAACUGGCAGUCACGGCCAAAAAAAGUUCCAAACUGUUAUGUGUGGAAAUUCCCAAAGUAUUCCCCAGAAACUUCCAUAAGAUGGGCAAAUAAACGGAACAGUUGGUGUUGUUUAGCUGAACUUAGUUCAAAGGCAAUACUUCAGCGUUUUCUAAGAAAGCCAUUUGGUGAUGAAUUAAAUCAUUGCAGAAAGAAACCCAAAUUUCUGAACAGAUUCCCUGCCUGAUGACAGCAGGUAACUUCUCAGCAUGCUUUGUGUUUUUAGUUUGGUUUCAGUGUGUGUAUGUCAGGCAGUACAAUGUAGAAUUUCUCAUCUCCCAUGCAAUGUUACGAGAGCAGUGUGCGUAAUUGGAUCUUUUAUAAUCGAAGUUUUGUUGAUUCUCACUGACGGACUCACAAUGCAAGAUGAUGGCUCUGUCAGCUUUCUGAGUUUGGCUGUAUUUGGAUUAGUGCUGAGCAACAGUAGAUAAUUCCCAUGGUUUUCCUUGUAUACAGUCAGUCUGAGUUCAAACUGAAAAGGAGGAAGGAUAGAAGGAAAAACAAAAAUACCUGGAAAAACUCAGCAGGUCUGACAGCAUCUGUGGAGAGG